CUCAUCUGUGGGGCCUUGGGUGAGUCUCUGCCCUUCUGGGCUGGGUGGUCAAGAGGGAAGACUACUGUCCUCUGAGCUGGCUCGGUGUGACCGUGAGUCAUGCCCAUGCUUCCCCGGAGCCUGCCCCUGCUGGCAUGCAGGCCUCAGGGAGGUGGGGGUGGGCACGGCCUCCGCGCCUCACAAUUCCCACUGCCGGAGCCUCUCAGCUUGCUGCCUCCCAGCCCGUGGAGGUGAAGGCCACAGCUGCUGGCUGGCCUGUGAGGGUCUCUCCCCUUCCCACUAUGUCGUGAAUUGUCCCUUGUCCUGGGGGCCAGCAGACCCUCUUGAGAACCUGGGGUGGCUCCUUGGGUCUCCCCCUACCCCCUCCCCACGGGCUGGGUGGGGGUGGGAAGGGGCGGGCGCAGCCAGCUGAGGAGCCCGAUGAUUUCCUGCCCUCACCCAGCGCUCACCACAGCUUCCUGCCACGGGCGGAGGGGAGGCGGGCGCCAGCGAGGGGCAGGUACGGCUGGGGUGGGGGGACCAAGCAGCAGGUGGCUGGAGCCCUGGACUCCAGCCCAGGCCCUGGCCUGACUGCCCUGGGACCAAGGGCUCCCAGAGCCAGUGCCGACCCCCACUCGGCCCAUCUAGGGAGGGGAUCCAGGGACCCCAAGGAAGGGCAGCUGCCUCCCUGUGGCACCCCAGCCUGCUGCCUCCCUGGCCCUUGCGCCCCACUGGGCCCAAUCCUCUCCCUGCUGUGGCUGUGCCCUUGAGGGGCCUGUGGGGUGCAGCCAGCCUGGUCCGAGCUCUGCCCGGCAGAUGGAGGGGGCCGUCCUGGUCCCCUGUGUGCUGGGCCUGCUGCUGCUGCCGCUCCUGGCCGUGGUGCUGCUAGCCCUGUGUGUGCGCUGCCGAGAGUUGCCAGACUCAUAUGACAGCGCCACCUCGGACGGUUUGUACCCAAGGAGCAUCCUGCUCAAACAGCCUUACAUGCCUGCUCCCCGGCCACCUGCCACCUCCUACCCGCCUGUCACCUCUUACCCACCCCUCAGCCAGCCGGACCUGGUCCCCAUCCCAAGAUCUCCACAGCCCCCUGGAGGAUCCCACCGGAUGCCAUCUUCUCGGCAGGAUUCAGAUGGCGCCAACAGCGUGGCGAGCUACGAGAACGAGGGGCAACCCCAUGAGGCUGAGGAUGAGAACGAAGAUGAGGACGACUACCACAGCAACGAGGGCUACCUGGUGGUGCUUCCUGACAGCACCCCGGCUGCCAGCACUGCUGCCGUGUCAGCUCCCACGCCCAGCAAGCCUGGCCUGCGCGACAGUGCCUUCUCCAUGGAGUCCAGUGAGGAUUACGUGAACGUCCCUGAGAGCGAGGAGAGCGCAGAGGCAUCUCUGGAUGGCAGCCGGGAGUACGUGAAUGUGUCCCAGGAGCUGCCGCCAGCGACCAGGACUGAGCCUGGGACCCUGAACUCCCAGGAGGUGGAGGAUGAGGAGGAAGAGGGAGCUCCAGAUUAUGAGAAUCUGCAAGAGCUUAACUGAGAUCUGUGCAAGGCCGUGUCUGUCCUGGAACCAGCCUUGCCUGGGAGGGCCGAGCUGGGCAGCUGGAAGUGGCUCUGGGGACCCCAUUUAGUGUCCUGCCCUGGCUCCAGCCUGACGAUGGUUUGAAAAUUUCCCCCUAACUUAUUGUCACUUUGGGGUGCAGUCUGUGUCCCCCCAGAAACUCUGCACCUUCUGACGCAGCCUGAGAAUGAACUACCCUGGCCCUAGCCCUAUUGUAAUAGAAUAAAAGCCAGCGUGGUCUGUACUGCUCUUGGCUUUGGGGAGCCCGUGGGUCAGACUGAGCCUGCGGAUCCGCGUGUGUCUGUGUUGAGUGUCUGCACUAGUCUGAUCCAUGGAGCAUGAGAUCUGUGUGUGUGUGUGUGUGUGUGUGUCUGUGUGUCUGUGUGUCUGUCUGUCUGUGUGUGUCCAUCCUCCACGGGGGCCCCCUGCUCCUGAUGGCCCUGGCAUGUGAGUGACAGCAGUCAGUGGCUGUGACACCUGAGUGAGGCCUUCUGACUCAGGCUGGCCCUGCUGGGGCUCAGAGUGCAUCUCCCCAUGAGACAGCCCAUGGGAAUGGCAGCCACUGGCUGUGACGAUGGUAGUGCCGGGUGCGGGGGAGCCCUGGGUGGGGAGUGGGUGUUACCAGCAACACCCUUCUCUGCUGGCCCUUGGUUUCUCCUUCCUUGGAUCAAGGGACUGGACCUGGUGACCUCAAAGGACUCUCUUUGUUCUUACCUUUUGUGGUUCUCAAUAAAAUAGAACUUAAAAAUUGCCUGAGUAAAAAAAUUAAUGUGCAGCACAGCACUUUCAGACUUUGAUGUGCAGGUGACUCACCUGUGGGUCUUGCUGCAUGGCAGGGGCUGACCCAGUAGGUCUGGGCUGGGGCCUGGGACUUUGCAGCUCGGAGGCGCUCCCAGGUGAUUCUGAUGCUGCCGAUGCAUAGAGCCCAUCUUGACUGGCGAGGGUGGUGGAUCCUGUCGUUUUCACUGGAUCCACUUCUUUCCCAGUCUCCUUCCAUGUGGUGAUGAAGAUUGGUGGUGAGCAUGUGACCCAGACUGGCCUAAGUGUGGGCAGGGCCCCACCUGAGCCGGGGAGGGGCAGCCCAGGGAUCUGGGUGGGGAGAAGCCCUUUUUGUUCCCAGCAGUUGUUAAGCUGGGAGGAGGCAGGUGCGAGAGUGACACCAGCGUGGAGGAGAGAAUGGCACGGGGCCAGAUUCCUGACGGUGUCAUUGACUCCUGGAUCUGGCCACAUCUGAAGCAAGACGCCUGCUCCCACAGACUUCCCAGUUACUUGGGCCAAUAAAUUACAAUUUUUUUUUCAACUGGGUUGAUUUGGGGUUUCUGUCACUACAACCAAAGUAGUUCCAGUUGAUGUGCAAAGUUGUUGGCGAUUCUCUGUGGACACAAAGUUAAGAAUAACAGCUUUUCCCUGUGGGGCACCUGGUGCCUGUCUGUGAUUAUCUUACUGAAUCGUCGGGCCUCCUAUUGUCAGUCAUUGUUAGUGUCCCCAUUUCACAGGUGCAGAUUAAAGGGAUAGGGAGAGCCCAGGCUACUCUGGUCCUGGCCUUGGUGGAUUGGGGUGGGACCUUCCCUGAGGCACUCAUUUAUGUGUCUUGGACUUAGAGAGGGGAUAUGGCUUUGCUUCCAUCAGUCAAAGGACAGAGCCAUCAAUGUGGUGGGACCUCUGGGACUGGAGCUGGGGGGUCUUAGCACAUUGGGGUGGUCAGCGGGCAGAAUCCCUACAGAUGGAAGCUGGGGAGCAGACAUAGGUGAGGCUCAGAGAGGCAAAGUGACUUGCCCAAAGGCACACAGUUUAAGAGGUAAAUCUGGAGUUAGAUCUGUGGCUGUCAGCCCCCAGGGUCACUGUCACGUUGACCAGUGGCCUCCUUGUCCUGGUUAUCGUACAAAGUACCAGCUGCCUUGAACAGGGAGUCUCAGAAGAGGUCCAAUUGCAGAAGACAGCACAGAGGAUCUGGGAAAGGGACCAACAGGUGAAGUUAAAUCCUUUUAUUUGGGAGCAACAAAAAUGCGUGGAAGCCCCUUUGUGCUGGGCUGAAGGACAAAGAAUAGUUUCAACCAAUCUAGCAACAUCUAGUAAAGCUAAAGAUCUGUGCAUGCCCCUCUAGCUAGCAAAUUCCUGCGUAUAAACCCUGACCCACUCUAGCACAUGGGCUAAAGAGGCAGGUACACGCAGGCUCAGGACAGCAUCAUAAUGGUUACAGCUGGAAACAACAGACAUCUGUGGCUGUAGAGUGGACAGACAGGCAGAGUACAGCCUCACGGCCGGUGUUCGCUGCAGACAGAACAAGUGAAGGGGCAAGGCCCAGCAACACAGGCGGAUGUCACAAGGUGGAGUGAGACAGCAAAGCGAGUCACAUGUAUAAAGUUAAAAUCAUGUACAAAUGAUACCAAUUGUUGAGGGAUAUGCAUUUACCUAAAAGCAUCAAGAUAGGUGUAGGAGUGAGGAGUACCAAAGUCAGGACAGUGGUCACCUGGGGAGGAG